AAGCACAUUGCAGUUGGCCAGUAAGGAAAGGUUUUUAGUUUUUUUGUCUUUAAUAGGGAACUGACGGAUCUCCAGAGAAGCAUACUAACAGUGAUUUAUUGGAUAUUUCUUAUUCCGACCUGCUGACUGCCUUUUAAAUUUGUAGUGAGAACAUACGUAAUGUCAAGAGUUGCCAAUCUGUCGAAACUGCGGCAGGAGAGGAUGAGGGAGAUCAACCUACGGAAUAAAGAAAGAGAGCGCAUGAGGGAGCGAGAGAAAGCGGCGAGGGAGAGGGAGGCGCGUUACAGCAACGGCCACCUCUUCACCUCGCUGACCGUGUCGGGAACUACCCUGUGCUCAGCAUGCAACAAGAGCAUCACUGCAAAGGAGGCGCUCAGCUGCCCCACAUGCAAUGUGACUAUCCACAACCGAUGUCGAGACACUCUGCCCAACUGCGUCAAGAUGAAACAGAGGCAACAGAAGAUGACCCUGAUGAGGAAUAACGUGACGCUGCGCACCAAAACUCCAGGGAUGCGUGAACGUCCCACGUCGGCCAUCUACCCUUCAGAGAGCUUCCGACAGUCUCUGCUGGGUUCCCGCCGUGGCCUCUCCGGCCUGUCCCUGUCCAAGAGCGUCUCCACCAACAACAUCGCAGGGAAUCUGAAUGAUGAGUCUCCGUUGGGGCUGCGCAGGAUCCUGUCUCAGUCCACGGACUCCCUCAGCUUCAGGAACAGAGCGAUGUCAGUGGAGUCCCUCAACGAUGAUGGAGACAUGUACUACACUUCUGUGCUGGAGGAGAUGGAGCUGGAGGGCCAGGACUUCCAGGCCGACUCGUGGAGCAUGGCAGUGGACAGCAGCUAUUUGCAGGCACAUCGUAAAAAUGUCAUCAAGAGGCAGGAUGUCAUCUACGAGCUCAUCCAGACAGAACUCCACCACAUGCGAACGCUGCACAUCAUGGAGCGGGUGUUCCGACAGGGCAUGCUGGAGGAGUUGCAGCUGGAGCCCAGCACCGUGCACACCGUCUUCCCCUGCCUGGACCAGCUGAUCAGGAUACACUCCAACUUUCUUGCACAACUUCUGCUGCGGCGUCACAGCAGCCUGCAGCCUGGAUCCUGCCACAACUUCACCAUUCACCAGCUGGGGGACAUAUUACUGGAGCAGUUCUCAGGCCAGUGUGCAGACGACAUGCAGAAAACCUACGCUGAGUUCUGCAGCCGCCACCUGAAGGCCGUCAAACUGUACAAGGAGCUUCUGGCCAGAGACAAGAGGUUCCAGUUCUUCAUACGGCGGUUGAGUCGAGGACCCUUGCUACGUUGCCAUGGUGUUCCAGAGUGCAUCCUGUUGGUGACUCAGCGGAUCUCCAAGUACCCGGUUCUGAUUCAGCGCAUUCUGGACAACACCACCGACGAUGAUGAAGAAGCUUCCUCUCUGGCACAAGCUCUCCUGAUGGUCAGAGAACUUCUUAGUUCAAUAGACCAACAGAUGGAGGAACUGGAGAAGACACAGCGGCUGCAAGAGAUCCAGGCCAAGCUGGAUCCCCGGGCUGAGGCCAGAGUUAGGGACGGCGGACUCUUCAAGACCGGAGAGCUGCUCCGCCGCAAACUGGUCCACAACGGGACUCUGUUCUGGAAAACCCCAGGAUCCCGGCUCAAAGAUAUGCAGGUCCUAUUGAUGACAGACAUCCUGGUGUUUCUGCAGGAGAAAGACCAGAGAUACAUCUUUUCAUGCAUGGACAAGCCUCCAGUGCUGUCCCUUCAGAACCUGAUAGUGAGGGAUAUAGCCAAUCAGGAGCGAGGCAUGUUCCUCAUCAGCGAUUCCUCCCCUCCUGAGAUGUACGAGUUCCACGCUGCCAGCAAGGAGGAUAAGAACAUGUGGAUACGCCACAUCCAACACACCGUCAGCAAGUGUCCAUCAAGAGAGGAGUUCCCGCUCAUAGAGACCGAACACAAGGCCCAUCUCAGGAGACUCAAAGCUGACCUCCAGCAGAAGGACCAGGAGAUGCUGGAGCUCCUGCAGGAGAGGGUGACGUUAUUCUGUGAGCUGGCGGAGGUGACCAGCGGUCAGGAGGGCCUCCAGCCUCUCACCACCCGCUACUUGUUCAGGGCCGACACACCACAAGCUCCCCGGGCAGAAAAACUCCUGCUAGACGCUACAGCUGAAGUGGACAGGUUAAGCGACCUUCUCCUGGGCUCCAGCAUGAACAUCCCCAUCUUGUGCCAUCACAACCACAUGGAGGUGUUAGAAUCCAGUGACCAAGAUCUGCUGGUCAAUGGAAUUCACCAUUUCUUGACAACGAAGGACUGCAUGAGGAGCCAAGACAAGCCGUCACACAUGGAGAUCUGUCAGAGGCUGGUGAAUCUCAGCAUUUAUCUUCACGCACUUCAGGCUGCAGUUAUCAAACAAGACUCGAUCUUGGAGCUGCUGCUUCAGCCACAAGACACUGUGACACCAGCUCCAGCUGGAGUAUGGCGCCCUCUGGGGCGAGACGGGGGACAUCGGGAGUGCAGCGCAGGGUCGACCAUCGGAGAGCUGGCUCUGUUACAGAGGCAGCACAGCCUACUGCAGGAGGAGCUGCUCAGGCUGCGGGAUGCCGAGAGCCGCUUCAAGGACAGCGAGAGGGCCCGGGCCAAGCUGGAGAGGCAGGUCCGAAACAUGAAGGUCUGCAGCGGUGUCACGCCUGCUUCCCUCCAGCAGGGGGAGCCAGCUUCGCAACCUUUAUCGUUGAUGCCAGGACGGGUGGUUUCCUCCCCACAAGCCAAUCAGGAACCUGUCCACCAAUCAGAUCGCUUCCAGGAAGGCAGUGACUUGGAGGUAGACGUGACGUCAGAUGAUGAUGACGGGACCACAUCAGAAGGCUCCAAAGAUCUUCAAGACAUUCCAGAGGAGAUCUAACCCUCGGCAUAUUUCACAGAGCUACACAUGAUUAUGAUCUAUUCCAAUGAAAAUACGUUCUUGUUCUUGUGUUUUCUAGCUUAGAGACCAACAAUACACACGUUAAAGUUCAGUUUUACUAUUUAUUCCGCUGUUUUGCUGUUGAGUAGAUGACUUGUGACAGUGGCUUGUUUAAUUUUUCAGUUCUGCUUUGGGUUGUUAUGAUUUCCAUGAUCACUUGACCAAAGGGGAUCACUCUGUCACAGAAACAGUCAGAAGCAUCAAGGCCUCGUCACGACAGCAGCCAACACAGUGUUAAUGAAAAGAGGAACCGUAUCCACAGGAUCUCGUACUCUGUUUACAAUGCUAAAAAUAGAAAUUCACACCAUUAAUAAACAAAUAGAGAUCAUCACUCAAAAAACCUUCUGCAGAAAACAACUCCAGAACCUGCUGAGGCCUGCAGCAGCAGUACAGCAUCUCCUGAUAACAAUAAGCAAGAAAUAUAAAGAACAUAAGCAAUUGGAUAACCUCAUAAACAGCUACAGACUCUUCCCACUCUUCUGUGAUUUUUGCUUUUAGCUCUUUACCGGUAGUAGCUGAUGGCAUCUCCUGGGGUCUGCAGGCCCCUUAUAGGCACUUGGACCAUCUGCUGUUGGCACCGACCACCACAAGACUAAAUUCACUGUUGUUCUUCUUACUAGAGGAGCUCGGUGACUCUCCGUGCUCUGGAGGGUUCCACAGGGUUCCACCAGGUUUGCCUCAGCAUUAAAUCUGCCUCUGCAUAAUCCAUUCUGCAUUAGACACAAGGCAGACAUGCUGGGAAAAGAUGCACACAGAGAGGAACCAAGACAACCUGGAAUCAGGGAAAGAAACUUGAUCAUCUGAAGAGACUGUUUGAUGACAGAAAAUCAGCUGAGGUCUGUGCUACCAAACAGGGCUUGAGGUUAGCUUUAGGAUUCUACUCAGGUUUUCAGGACUAUGAUGGUGGUUCACAUCUUAGCAUUAUAGCGUUUGCUGAAUGCCAAAGCAGGUCCGGUUCCAGACAACAGUUCAACGUGUGUUAAACACCAGCGUCUGACCAAUCAGCUCUCUUGGAAAUGGCAUCACCGUUCCUGGAAGAUCUCAUGGAGCUCAACAGAUAGUGAGAGGGGAAGAUAACAAGGUUGUAGCUGGAAGAGAGUCUUAGAGCCCAGAAGAAUUCACUGGAUAAAAUACACAGCUGUGAUCACAGUCAGAUGUACAUGUGUUCUAAUGAUUUGGUCGUGUCACUGAUUAGCCUGUUAACUUACGGCCUACUUACUGACAGCAGUCUCUCCUGCUGUUGCUGCUGCAGCUGUGUUACUUUAAGUCUUUAUUAUGUGUACAUUUAUGAUAUAUUAUGGUUUGCCCUUCAUUGGUGAAAUAUGCCACUCUGGUGGUAGAAAUUUUUCCUUUCUCUGCCUCUUUCAUAUGAACACGCCCAUGGCAGAUGCACAGACCAUGGAGUUGACUUCCUGAGUUGAUCGUCUUCUUGACAAGCAAUCUUCUAAAUGAAAAACUUCUCAUUGUGUUCCAUUCUCUGAUGUCAGUGCCUUUCCAAACUGUUAGAAGUUACUCUUACAAGACUGAUUCAGUUUUAUCUCUGACACCAUGAUGGUUAAGGUGUGGUUUGGUAGGAAAAGUACUUCUUUAGGGGUGAGAGAGAUAGCGGUAAAAUGUCUGUGGGGGUUAAAUCAGCCUCAUCUGUAACUCGAAAAAUACGAUCCAGAAACACAUGCUAAGGGAGUCACAUCUGUAAGUCUGGUUUUUAACUUGUUAUGCAGCUUAUGACAGAAAUAUAGUUAUGAAUUUCUACCCAUUUGUGUGCACUCUUUUGGGCUUCUUCUAUUUCAGACAAAAUCCCCUCAAAACUCCAUUAAGUCACGUCUAAAUGAGGAGUGAUUUAUACAUGUAUCUAUAAAUCCAUAUUUGUAAAUCUAAUUUGUAACUGGCAUCAACUUUUUAUUCAAAAUAUGUUUGCUUCAGAAGACUGAGUGGCUGCCUGCAGGUGGAGAUAACGCAGCAUUUUCAGGUGGAAGCAAUUUAAGGUGAGCUGCUACAGAACAAAGUCAGACAGUUGUUUGGCUUGUAGCUCGUCGGCUAGUUAACCUCUAAACGUCUUUCUCAUCCCUCAUCAUUUAGACUACAGGACAUUUUAGACAUCAUGUGCUUCCUAAAUGAGUGGAUUUAGAGUUUAGAAAGAAUGCAUGCAUAACGGUAGACAUUAACAAAUCUGUUUCCACUGAAAAAAAUGUUAAACUGAUGUAUGAAUGAUGAUGUACUAGUUAGAAACCAGACUUACCGGUGAUGAUGAUUCGCCAGUUGUUUGUGGAUAUAUCUUAUAAGUUAUAAACUAGAGGCACAGAGAGACACAUUUAACAUGGACACAACAUCUUAACAGAUGACAAGUAAUCGUCUUUCCAAAAUGAAGAUGACCAGAAUCAAUACAAUCCUGGUGAAUAAUCAAAGUGAAUGGUUUCUCUGUUGAUGGCACUGAUAGUUGGCACUACUUUAAACUAGACGAGUGGCCAACCAGGGGCUCUUUGCAUCUUUAGGAUGUGAUGUGUUUGUAUUGGGAGACACGACCGCCUCAUAACGGUGGAUCCUCAGAAAACUGUGCAUGCUCCUUCUGUGUUACUUUUAGAUCAAGUGUGCAAGUUCCUGCAUUUCUCUGAACAACUGCUGCUGCUGAUGGUUUUGACAGAGUUCACGAUUCCACCGACAGAGAAACGUAAUGAUGCUGCUUUCUGUGACAGUUGAUGUCUGAUACAACAGCAGACUUGAAGGGCUUUUACAUCUUUGGUUAGGAAAUGUUCAGUAUUCUGUUUAGCUUAUUGCUUUGCACGUUUUUACAGGCGUCUUAUCUGACUCCAGGAUCUGUGAGCUGUGGUGGUGCUGAGGUUCUAAACACGGUGACAUCAGGAAACAAAACAAAGUAAAUACAAAAGCUUUUAGAAACAGAACGUAGUGUUUUCUGAAAGGUUGUUGUGUUUUGCAUCUCAGGGGCACUACAGUCAAUCUACCCUUCAGCUUGUACCUUUAUUCUGUUUUGAUUUACUUUUUGUAUGUAAGGGCUGAGUGACUGUAGUCCGAUACUCUAUCUAUAUCUAUAUAUUGAUCAGCCACAACAACAAAACCACUGACAAGGAACCACAUAACAGUGGUCAUCUUGUUUUGAUGCUAUGAUCGCCUGUGGAACCUUUGUUUGUGGCACAUACCACCCCCCAAAACCUUUGUCCUCGACUGAGAUUCUCCAUGGCGCUCCCUGAUGCCAGUAACCUCCCCAACAGCACAAUGCACUUCGUUGCCAGAACUGCUCAGGAACGGCUCAAGGGCUUUGACAAGAACUCCGAGGCAACGUCCCGGCCGCCAGAUUCCCAAGAUCCCAACCCCAUGUAGCCCCAUGAACUCCCCACCCUACAACCUGAACACUAUGAAGCAGGUGGUUUUAAUGUUGUGGCUGCUCAUCUAUACUGCACAAUGUCCAUUAUUUACCAAACUUAUAGUUGUCUGCCAAAUCAGUUGUACAUUUCCUUUAAGAUAUAUAGAUGUAUGCAAACGACUGCAUUCCCACCCCACAGAUUAAUUAUAGAUGUAGUUUAUUUUUUGAAGAGAAAAUUACAUAAAACAAACCCUGCAACAAACAAACAUUAACAUGUACAAAACUACGGUCACCCGACUGGGUCACAACUUACUGACCCUCUUUUUGCAAACAGUUAAGAGUCUUCUUGCUCUUCAUUCUUCUCUUCAUCUAAAAGUUUUGCACAUUGUGUUCUCCUCCUCCCUGGGUACAUAAAACAACUAACAGCUCAUUCACAUUUAACUAACGGCUUGUUUUUACCGUCUGUUUGUUGCAGAGGUUGCAUUUACUUGUUUUUGCUUCAAAAAUCUAACGUUAGGUUCCAGGUUUGGGAGCAAACCUUUGCAUGCAAGCACAACUUUUCAAUAUGUUUUGAAUGUAAAUAUUCUGAAAAGCAGUUUUAACUCGCUAUGAAUAGGUGACUGAGUUAUGCAAGAGUUUCUGUGGUCGCAAAGGGACUGUGACCUCCACAGGAACUCUCAUAUUAUAAUGUUUCAACCAAUAUGAAUGUAUUUUACUCUAUUAUCUUUGUGACACGUCGAUGAACACUGAUAACAGUUAUUGUCAGCUUUACAGGCAGGGCUAGUAACAUAUUCAAGUACAGUGUUUGCUUGUCAGAGUGUAAGGCUAAACACAGUGGAUGCCGGAAACUAAGAAUGUACUUACUUUUGCACACCCUUUGUUAUUUAUGUGACUGUAUUACUACAUAAAAACAUUAAAAAAUAUCAUACAGAA